AUGUUUCGUAUUCCGACUUUGCGCUUCAUCAACUACACGGUGUUGGGAAAUGGACGGGCUAGUUCGCGGUUGAUUUCCACCGGGGCUCCAGUUUGCAGUGAUGGAUACCGUCCACCGACACCGAUGAUUGACCUGGAAGACAAAUCGCUCCCCAUUCCGGAAUACAAAGAGAAGAAAAAUGAACCACUUCAGUUGCAAAAGUCUCGCCUGCUGUAUCAAUCGCGCAAACGUGGAAUGCUGGAGAACGGUCUGCUGCUGAGCACGUUUGCGGCAAAAUACCUUGCCGAAAUGAAUCCUACACAGACGAAGCUAUACGAUCGGCUCAUUAACCUACCGUCGAACGAUUGGGACAUUUUCUACUGGGCUACGGGCGUAAAACCGACACCGAAAGAGUACGACAACGAGGUAAUGAACAUGCUGAAAGAUCACGUCAAGAACAACAAUCGUGAGCAGCGGUUUAUGCAACCGGAUCUCUACGCCAAAGCUAACUAA